AUGAGACCUCCCGGCGGAAGCAGCAACGUUCGUCGGCAACCGAAAGAGUCGGCCUACUUACCACCAACUCCACUAAACAGCCACCGUGACUCUGACGUGAGUUUAGCCAGUAGUCGUCCAUCCUCCGUCGGAAUCCAUUCUCUCGACGUUUACAAAGACCGUUCGUACCAACAGAACGCAACCACAACCUUCAAUUCAUUCCUGGCCUCUCAGGAUUUGAAUGUCUCUUUCAAACCUUUUUCCUCUCCUUCCGCUAAACACAUUCACCAAACCCUAAUCUUCCUCGUCGGGCUCCUCGAUUUCAAUAUAAACAAAAUAGAAGAUCUUCCGCCACUUCUCAAAUUCAUGAAUUACCCUCACAAACUCAAUAAAUCUGUUCUCAAAUCCCCCGCUGCACCUCAUCAAUGGCCUUCCAUUCUCGCCCUCAUUCAUUGGCUUGUUCAGUCUUGUCAAAUUCAUCUCUCUUUUUCUUCUCCCUCCCACACCACCACCCUCCAAACCAACAACAUCGUCUUCCAGUAUUCUCUCAACGCUUAUCUAAAUUUCAUUAGAGGUGACGAUGAAGCCAUCUCCGAACUCGACCACGAAAUCCGCACCAAGAUUCUCCGUGAGAAGUCUAACGCUGACAACACCCUUGCUGCCGCUGAACAAAAGGUCUCUGAAUUGGAGGCUCAAUUGGAGGGAUUGAGGUCUGCUCCUUCUCAGAAGGAUUUACUCGACAAAGAGAAGGAAAUGCUUCAAGGCGAUGUCAUUAAGUUUCACAAGAUUAUUGACGAGUUUGGGUUGCGGAUUGAGUCGAAAGAGAGGGAUUUGGUGGAGAAGGAGAAACAGUUGCAGGCUAAGGUCGUGGAGAGCGACAACAUAUGUCAAGAGAAUAAAAUGCUAAAGAAGAAGGUGGAGUCACAGCCUUUCAAUACCAGGGACGUUGAGAGGAUGAAAAGAGAGUUGCAGGCUGCUGAGAGGGAUGCUGGAGAGGCUGAACUUGCUAGGAAUGAUUGGGAGGAAAAGUGUUGGGAGCUUGACCGUACUCUCGCAAAUAACAUCAGAGACUUAGAACCUAUCACCAGGGAUUGUAACCAAGCCCUUAAGAGGUUGAAGAUUGGUAAUGACAUUCAAUAUGUGUUGAAUCCCAAGGGAACCACACUUGCUGAGAUCAUGGGCAGCGUCACACAAAACUACAAUUCCUUUGGCGUCGUCAAUGACCCUAACUCCCUCACCGAUUCUCUUCGAGCUCCUCCUUCUGUCUCCGAUGACCCCAACGAUUAUGGCAGUGACCUCGAAGAAGACGAUUUGAAAUCGGCACUGGGAAAGAGAAGAAGAGAUGGUAAAAGUGCACUUCCUCAACCUUUGACUUCGAUUCAGCGUCUUUAUAUUAGUCGGCUAGUUGAGAAAUAUGGAGUUGAUUUUCAGGUUUGA